ACUGUUUUUGUUUUAUGAACAUUUCAGAUGUGUUAAACUCCUUGAAGACCUAUCUUCCUGUUGAUGGCUACUGCAUCAUUGGCCUUACAUGGGUGGAUCUCUAUCCUGGGGAAGAGUGGAAUUUUGUCCUUGGUGAAUCAUCUUGUGCAGAUGGCUGUGCCGUGAUGAGCUUUGGCCAUUUUGAGCCACAGUCUUAUGAAAAUAAGCUGUUACAUGAAACUCAUAGUCCCCAUCAUAGUGAUGAUAUACUUCUUUUAUCCGGGGCAAUUCAGUGUGGUAAAAAUGAUUGGACUUUCUCCUCGCUGCCUGAAAACAAAAACAGCCAAGAUGACAUCAGGCUUUGCUUGGAAGACUUUGCAGAUAUACAAAACAUUGACAAGCAAAUGAUUUGGAGACUUCUGAGGGUAGCAAGUCAUGAAAUCUGCCAUGUGUUUGGAAUGGCUCACUGCUCAUAUUUUGCUUGUGCUAUGAAUGAAAGUAAGUCAAUCCUUCAAGCAGAAAAUCAACCACUAUUUCUUUGCCCAGUGUGCUUGCGUAAACUUCAAAAAGCUGUAGGCUUUGAUAUUGUUGAACGGUACAGAGCACUGUCCAGCUUUCUGAACUCUAUAACUCACAGUGACCUUAGUAACAAAGUAGAUUUUCAAAACCAAUGUUAUCAUUCUGGGGAACAAGGACCAUUAGAGAGUUCUGGAUGUAAAUUUGAAUUGUCCAUUGAUUGGAUCAAAUCUAUAUUGCUGUUUAUUGAAAAUAAAAAUUCAGUUUGACUGAAUGAAUCAUGUGCUUAAUAUUGAAAUCAAAAUUAAUAAGAACUGUCAAUUUCCUGAAAUAUGACUUAUUAUAAUCCAUCAAAAUAAAUUAUUUUAUUUGCAUGUGAUUGGUCUAAACAUGUCAUGUGAUUGAAUAUACCCCAACUAAAACUAUGAAAUAUCCGAGUGACACUUCCCAAUUUCCAAAUCCUGCCUGUUGUGAAAAAUAGCACAAUAGCUCUCAUUUGACUUAAAAAAUAUGCUUUGCUCUUUGUCCUUAGACAUUAUCUGUUCCUCAAAGCUCACAGUUUUC